AUGCUCACAAGUUCGCAUCCUUCCUACUUUUCAGAGCACCCGAUAAUUGACAACAACACUUUAACAAUACCCUUUGAACGCGAAAAACCGCAAGUUCCAUUCAAACAAGCGGAGUUGGAUCGAUCGAUUAUUAAAAUGAUCAAUCUAAUCGAUAAGGGUAACUUUGGCGAAGUCUGGCUGGGUCGCAUACAGGCUGUGGAAGUAGCCAUUAAAAUGCCUCUCCAUGUUGCUGCCAGGGAUGAUUUCUUGAAAGAGGCGGAAAAGAUGCACGCUAUGUGGCAUCCACAAUUGGUUCUAUUUCUCGGCGUUUGUGUUCAGCCCGAAAAUGAACCGGUUCUUAUUAUUACAGAAUAUAUGAAAAAGGGCUCAUUGGCUAAGUAUCUUAAAUCACAAGAGGGUCUGAAUUUAGACACGUUAGAACUAUUAUUGAUCUUGGAUCAGGUGGCGAGUGGAAUGCGUUAUCUAGAGUCGAAAGGGUACGUCCAUCGAGAUCUUCGGGCUGCAAAUGUCUUCGUGACAGAAAACCUUCAGGUAAAAGUUGGUGACUUUGGGCAAUCGAAAAUGAUAUCAACGCCCUCCCAUAACCCAACUGGUUAG